AUGACUAUCCCUACAACUCUUGAGCCGGAGGCCGUCACCUCUUAUAUAAUUUCUAUUCUUGAAGCAUCGGAUUAUACUCCUUAUAUAGGCGAGCCCAUCUCUCAGCUCCAGCAUUCCUUGCAAUGCGCUGCGUUGGCCGCUGAGGCAUCUCCAUCCGUGGACGAGGCGACCCAAGUUGCUGCAUUACUUCAUGAUGUUGGGCAAUUUGCCCCAGCAGAAGACCUGAUUGCUUUAUCAAGUCUUCCUAUCCAAAACCUAGGAGAUGCUCCGACGAAACAGAGCGUUGGUCGUGUUGGACAUGAGACUUUAGGAGCUCGCCUUCUUCUCUCACUAGGCUUUUCUGACAAAGUUGCUCGCCUUGUGGAAUCCCAUGUGGCAGCUAAGCGCUAUUUGUGCGCCGUAGAUGAGUCUUAUAACGAUUUACUCUCAGAAGCGAGCAAGAAGAGUCUAUUCUACCAAGGUGGACCCAUGUCCGUCGAAGAGGUGAAGGAAUUCAGUUCGGGGCCGUGGUGCCAGGAAAUGUGCCAGCUUAGGAAGUGGGAUGACGAAGCGAAGGUUGAAGGACUCGUACUUCCCAUGAGAGAUGUGGGCCUAUCAAGACAUAUUGUCAAGUGA